GAGAGAUGCUGCUGAGGGGUGUGGUCUCGAGGAUGGGAUGAGAGAGAGGAGGAGAGCAAGGGAAGGGUGGAUGACGGAGCGAUAGACGGGAGGAAAGAGAAUAACGGUGUAUAAUAAUUCCAGAGUCAUGGCUUGUACGCUGGAAUAGAGAUUGAGAUCAAGAAGAACGCGUCCUUUAUAUCUUUCUGGAAAUGAGGUACUAACUAGAUCCAAGAUGUGACCCCAUAUGUUUACAAACCCCUUAGAAAAACACCAGAAUAAUAAUAAGGACAUAAAAACUAUCCUACCAUGCACCCCUCCUCUCGUCCCUCUGUGCCCCUACGGUCCCGCAGGUUUGACAAAAGGCGCACAGAGGUAAAACCAAGCCAAGGUGCUAAGAGGGAGGACAAAAUCACGAACAUGGCAUCUUCAUCCCCUCUUCGUGGCACUCGAGGACCACCUGAGUCUUCCAGGUUAAAGGGCCCUGGUCAAGGUGCACGAGCCCCUGUGGUGCAAUCCAAACUGGUGCGGCCACAGAAGAAUGGUGCUCAUGCAAUACCAGCAAUCUCAAAACCAAAAAGUGGACACACUGUUUCAAACCCAGUCCCAGCUGUGGAUCCAAACUGUAAUGAGCCCAGCCUACCUUGUCUGUGUUGUGAUGGCCAUUCACCUCAGGAUAUCAACAGCCUCUUUAAUCACAAUCAUAACAACAAUAACACUGUAAACAUCGGGCAACAAAUGAAGCUGCCACCGCCACAGAAGGAAUUGGCAGCACCAAAACUAGACAUCAAAGAAGAUGAGUGUAAGCCAGAGGUAAAACAACCUCAUGUCAUCCCAGUGGAGGAGAGAGAGGAGGAAAAUGGCAGUGUGGAUGAAAAAGAGGGUGGUCAGCUCAAAAACGAUGAGUGUAGUGUAAAUGUGAAUGCUAAUGUUGAUGAGAAUGGCAACGGCAAUUGUAAUGGUGAAGAUGGUGAAGAUGAUGAAGAUGAUGACGAUGAAGAUGAUGAUACUCUUGUCCCUUCUUGCUGCAACUGUCCAGAAUCCAUGCUGGACUUCUCCCUCACAUCUUCUACCUCAUCUUCAUCCACAUCCAUCAGCAGUUGCUCAGAUCUGGAGUGUGACUGCCCUGAAACAUUUUCAUUGUCAUCACAGGACCAAGAGGCAACUGAAUGCUAUCCAUCGACACUUUCACCGGACUCCAAGUGCCCUGCCUUUCAGUCCAGUGUCUUACCAUUGGAUCUCAACACUUCUGCAAGAUCGCCUUGCUCUUCUGAUGAAGGCUAUCCCUCAGCGCCGUGCUCUCCGUCUUCUGACUAUAUAGACAGCAAGGGAUCAGAAGAAGGAAAAUGUAUUAAAGUGGAUCUCCUCCAUUUUUUAGACUCCAUAGAAGAGUUGGGAAAAAUGGAUCUGUUCUACCGCAUUGUUAGGUUGGCACGCUGGGAACUGGAUGGUGAGCUGAUCAUCAGAGAUAGAUUGGAUCACCAGCAGAAGCUACAGAGGGUUAACAAAGAGGUAAAGUUGGCUUAUCUUGUGAAACUUCAGGAGGAAGGGUUAGACUUUGACGAUGAGGAUAUCACUGGAGUUUUGGAUGAAAUGGGCAACAUUGAAAUUCCAUGGAAGUUGUAUAAAAGCAACAAAUCAAGUGAAUCCCAGGAAUUUUCUGAUGCAGGGGUAGAUCUGACAGCUCCUUCUGACCUUGAUGAAACCCCUGCCUCUGAUUCACUUGCUCCAUCACCAUUGGAUCCUCCUCCUCGGCCCCCAAAACCUCCAACAAGGCAUGUGAGUGCCCAUCCAGAAUCACACACUUACGAGAACAUCAACGGACAGCAUGUCUUCUCAGUCUCAUCCACCAAUGAUGCUACAAGUAUCCCUAUCCCUGCGUUGCCUGUGCUGUCAUCCUCACCCCCACCCCUGAAACCUCCUGCCCUUCCUCCACCUCCAUUACAGCCUGUGCCCUACUUCACCCUAAAUACAGACAGACCUGCUCUUACCUCCCCCACACCGCCAAUUCCUCCUCCAAGAAGACGUCAUAAAGCCCGUCUAGAGGCUCAGAGACUUGCUGAGCUUGAAAGAGAAAAGGCUCCUCUGUCUCUUCCACCGCCAACAUCCAGACCUCCUCCACUGCCACCUCCACCUGCGAUGUCCUCUCCUCCAGCUAUUCCACCUCCACCAUCACUCCCGCCACCUCCAUCUUUUCAUGCUCUGGAUGUGGAAAUCCGAAAGUUGCUUGCACUAGCAGGCCUCACCCAAGCUGAAUUGCUUAAACUUAGUCCCGAGUUGGGUGUCUGUGUAGAUGUUGUCCUGGAGAAUGAGCCACAGCCGAUGUCUGAUGUCUCUCAGAUUGGAGAAUUCAGUUUAAACAGAACACACAAGGAAGAAGGUAUUCCAGAUAAGGGAUAUUCCAUAUUGAGAGAAGGAUUUGGGAAAGACAGCUCUGAUACUUUCAGUGAAAAGGAAGUUUCUAAAGAUAAACAGAAGGAAGCAAACAGGACAACAUCCUUCACAGAAAUGGCAAGACGACGUAAGAGAAAUGGUGGACACUGUAAUCAUAGCUGCAGCUGUGUUUUUGGAUCUCCCAACUCAUUUUACAGCACUGAUCUUAGCAAUACAAACAUCCCGAAUGUUAGCUUUGGGAGUUUUGAUUAUACUUCAAUGAUUGCAGAUACACCUCCUCCUCCACCUCCAAGACCAUUGCCCCCUUGUCCACCAAUUGCCUCCAAUCCUCCUGAACUUCCUCCUCUCAAGCCAUGCACUCUACCUGCCAAUGCUUCUCGCCCUGACAGAUUUGACUGGUUGAUAGCCUUCACCCCAGAUACAGAGUCGCCACCUCUUGAGAUGCGAAAAUCGUCAAAUGAUGCCAUGUUGCAAAAAGGCCCAACUUCAACUUUAGGCUCAAAAGUCACAACCUUCAAAGAAUUACGCAACAGAAGCAAACAGAGCUACCCACCAGCUCACAUUCAACCAGAACCUGAUCCAACUGUUAUCACCCCAGACCCUGAUUUCCUCUACAACCUCAAAUGGAGAAGAGAAAAGAUUGACGGGGAUGGCUGGGAAUAUACUUCCCAAGCACAAACCUCAUUUCUUCAGCCACCACCCACUCCUGCCUCAUUGUCCCUCUUUAGGGAAAUGUGCCGCCUGAAUAAACAAGAAGAUUGCCCAGCAGAACCAAAAGUGUCCCAACAAAUUGGCUGUUCAGUAAGUGAAGGCAGCCUAAGGACUAUUUGUGAUGAAAGAGAUAAAGCUGUUCACACCAAGAAGAUGGAUGAUGAAGAUAAAGUGGAAGUUAGGGGAUUGGCAGACGGAGCAUGGACUUUGGAAACCAGGACAACAGUGUCCUCACCUCCCUUGUCCCUCUCCUCAACCUCACCUUAUUACCUGCACUCUGCUCCCCUGUCACAAGCGUCACAGUUUUACUACACUGACACUACCAGGGAUCGUGCCGUGACCCGUUGUGAGGGUUCCAUAAACAUCUCAAACCCGUUAUGCAUACAUUCCACUUUUGACUGCAUCAAAGAUGACUAUACUGACUCCCUGUACUGUGCUGGCCGUGAAAACAAUAAGUUUUUGUUCUGUAAACAAGAGAAUGAUCUCAAUGGUAACAUGGAUUCUCUGUACCACCGCUGUAAUCAUGCUGACAGCUUCCUAGACUCUUUAUACGUCUGUGGGCAUGAAAAAAACAGCUUCUGUCCACAUAACAGUGGAGUAGAUUCAAUCAGAAAUUAUGAUUCACUUUACAGUGAUGCGAGAUACACAAGAAGUAGCCUUAAGCUGUUCACUGACCCUAAACCACCAACUGACAUUAACACUCUCAGUGAGGGCGACAUAACGCCGUACAAAAACAUUGAUAUGCAAACUUACAUAACUAUGCGAAACCUCAAAAAUCAGAGCUAUGUGAACAAAAACAGUUAUAAAGACACCAACUUGCUGUUUGAUUUGAACUCAGACAAAAUUGAUGACUCAAAACCACCAAUCAACCCGAUUUUGGACCAAAACAGCAAUGAAAACACAACACAGAACAAACAGCAGCUUGUAUCUUUCCCUGCUUACUACCUUUAUCACCCCAAAAACUGCCCCUUGCAUAAAGGUGCCCCCCCACGGCUGUCCCCUGUUGGAGCGAUCUCACCUCCCCAUAGGUCCGGGCCUCCAGUUCCAGGCACAGAUGUUUCCCGUCUCCGUUCACCCCUGUUCCCUCGCAGUCACACACUUCCUGCCCUUGCCGCCCCCCUUUACUACCCUUAUCUGUACACUCCCCCUGUUCAAGCCCCUCUGCGGGAGCCAUCGGUCCCCAUACUUCACUCUCAGCAGAGUCCACCACCGCUCACUUUGACUGUUCGCAGCUUCUCAUUUGCUGGCUCUGAGCAGAAGAACGUCGCCUGGAUGGGAGAAGAUGUGAGGCCCUCACUGAGUGCUGAAAGGCUGUCUUCUGCCUGCCUGCAAGAAAAGAAAACUCUUGUCAAUUCAGUAAGUGUGGCAGUGGAAGCCAUUUUGGCUCAGUUCAAUUUGUCCAGGACUGUUGUACAGAAGUUUCACUCAGUAGAUAAGACUCUUUCUGGAGACAGCAGUGUAAAUCCCACUCUGGGUCGUCUGGUACUGCAGUGCCUUUGCCCAGCCCUGCGCAACCUGCUCUCUGAUGGACUCAAGCCCCACCAGAGUGACCUCAUUGCAGGCAGAAGGCCAAAUUCACCCUGGGGAUUGGUUCAGGCCUCCACCAAACCAGGCCCGAGCACACAGGCUUUGCACAGCCUCCAGACUAAAGUAGCAGGGCUUUCUCAGCUUAGGCAGAGCAGACACAAGUUCAACGCAUUCCUGUUUGGCCUUCUCAAUGUCAAGCUCCUGGAUUACUGGCUUUCACAUCUGCAGUCCUGCAGUGAUGUGUUGGAGACAUAUUACCGGCCCACUUCCUUCAUGCGCCUGUCACUAACUUCUUGCCAGUCUCUUUUUGAGGAGCUUCUCCUCCUUCUGCAGCCUCUCUCUCUUCUGACCUUUAACCUCGACCUGCUGUUUCAGCAUCACCACCUUGACCCCUCCUCCCCAACUCUCACCCCAGCCAGCCACACAUCUGAGAUAUAUAGCCCACCAAAUGAAGACUUCAGCUUCCACUUGUCACCCAAGGGGCUUUUCCAAGGAGGUCGUCUUGGAAGCGAGUUAGAGCAAGACCAUGGCGGUUUGGGUUUAGACACCAAUCCUAAUUCAGGUCUCACGAGUCACGUUCUUGAUGUGUCAGCCUAUCGCAAUCCAAUUUCGCUGUCAUCAGACGUCACCAAGGAGGAAGCCAAUCCACCAUUAUCAUGGUUUAAAGGGAAUGACAUCUCCACACCUCUUAAUGCGGGAAGCAUUUCUCAGCAGGCAGGCCAGGCUCUUCAGCAAGGCUGGGGGGCAGUAAUGCGUUUGGGGGAGCGUUUAGGACAAAACUUUGGAUUGGCCACCACCACAGAGGAUGUUAAAGGUCCAAACUCACCAGACGACUUCAAGACUGGCUUCUCACUGAAUCUGAAAAGUCCAGAUGAAAACAGGCAGCAACCAAGAGACGACCUUUCCUCGAGGGAUAGUGGAGCUGCUGUUCCCUGGGGUCUGGGACGGCUAUUUGGAGCUUCUAAGUGCCCCAACAACCCACCAACAAGCAGGCGCCCAUCUCAGUGGCUCUCCCCAGGCGUAUCUGUCCUUUCCCGCUUAGUUAAUCUUGGCCAAGAUUCUCCGCCUGAGAAGAGAGAGCCCCAGAGAAGCAAAGAUAAAGAGGAAGAUGAAAAUGAAAAGAUUAAUGAAACCAGAGAUCAGCCAAAACCCUUGAGGAUGGUCAGGACUCUGUGUGACCACACAGGCACUGGAGCAGAGCUGAGCUUCUGUAAGGGGGAGGAGCUUGUUCUGUUGGGAGGCGUGGACCACGACUGGAUUCGAUGUCGUCAAGGUCACAACGAAGGCCUUGUUCCCAUUGGUUAUGCUUCACUUAUCAUGUGACUUAUCUUUAAUUCUGCCUGUAUGUUUGUGUGAAAGUAUAUCAGGGGAUAAUGUAUAAGGAAAAAGACCAUAUAUAGAUGUAGCUGUGUCACGUGUUUAUCUGUUUAUCUCUAACCCUCAUUGCCUGGUUUGUGAUAUCUGGAAUAUUUUCUGUGAUAUAUUGGAAACAAAAUUUCUGUAUAAAUCAUAAAUAUAUAUAUUUAGAUUUUACAAAGAUAGAUAGACAGAUAAACAAGAAAUAGAAAUGGGUAAUGAAUAAGAAUCAAGUUUAACAGUCAUGACAAAAAAUGUCCUUAUAUAUACACCCUUUUAUUAUCUCACUUAAAAAAGGGGGGAAAAAACAUUUUGUUUGAAGACCAACAUUAUUAUUCUCUUGUUGUUAUUGUUGUAACUCUCAAUGGUAACAGUCAAAAAUAUUAGAGUGGUAGUGUGUAGAUGAUUCUUUUCUGUUUCUUACAGUGUGAUGGCUACUGUGGUAAGAUCUGUAUCACCAUGAGCUUGAUAGUGACUAUGCAUACUCUGUACUGUACUGUACUUAUGAGGCUUGUUGCUGGGGAAACCGUAUAUGAUUGACAGCAUUCAUGAUUUUCGUUUGAAUGGAUAAAGCUUUGAAUCGGGGUUUACAUACUAAACCUGCAUGAAUGUGUAUGAAUGUGUGUAGCAAAUGUCAGGUAAUAAUCAUCAAUACAACUUAUUUGUGAGCACGGAUACAUUCGCUCAAACUACAAAUGCUUCAUGCGGAAGGAAUAGGUCAGGAUUUUAGUGGCUGUUGUGGUUUGAAAUAGAGCUUGCUUAUUCUUGUUCAUUAAAUGGCCCUCUGUGUUUCUCACAGUUGAAUGCUCAUGUGUAGUAUGAAUUUUUGUCGCGCCUCUGACUUGGCACUGCUAAUCAAAAAUAUAUUCAGACAAAUGAAAGAUUACUCUUGUCACGUUCGUGUGCCAGUCCGCAUGGAGCACAGCUUUGCCCAUCACAUCACGUAAUGAUAUGCCUUCUGGAUUAUUCCAACCAAUAGCAUCAGUGGGCUACAGUAGCAGUAACCAGUUCACACUGAUGCAUAUAUAUAUAAGUAUGAAUCUUACAACUGAAAAUUAAUGUAUAGGAUUUAUGUAUGUAUGAGUAUGUCAAGGGACAACUGAUAAAGUUUAGAAGAAAACACAAUCUGCGAUAUAAGCCCUUGAGAAGUCAGCUUUGUAAUUGGCUUGAGCUUUAAUGUCCCUGUUUUAAAAACAAGGAAAAUAUAAUAAGAUAUGGUUUGAGAAGCAAGCAGCAGGUGUUUGGUAGAAAAAAAAAAAUCAUAUUUAGCGUUAUAGUCUUUCCUCACAGGGCAAACUGCAAUUAUGCAUGACUUUUUUUUUUAUUACUAUUAUCAUUAUUUAUUAUUAUUAUUUCAGUUCUUGUAGUUCAUUUAUAAUUGUGACAUUUGAAUUACAUUAGUAUGUAAUUGGUAUGUAAUUGCAUUAUAAAUAGAGUCUACUUAUUGUUUGUGGUUAUAUACCAUAAUAUCGAUCUGCUUUUUUAUUUGUUCCUCUUGUCUAUCUCUCUAUCUAUCUCUUUGUGUGGUGAUGAGUUGCGUAGCUCUGUGGUAUUGCCCAUCGCUGGUAGCACACUUAAAGCAUAUUAUGUACUGUACCAAUUCUUCAGUUCUGUAAUUCCCUGUGAAUCAGCUCUAUGCAUGUUGGUGUUUGUAAAUAUACCCAAUAAAAUAUUAAAAGAAA